UAAGAUGGCUGAUAUUAAAGAAUCUCCGCCACUAUUUGACACCAAUGAAACAAAAGUUGACGAUUUAGACGACGACGAUGAAGAUAUUUUUGCGUCAGCAAUGCAGGACCAAAGUCAGUUGGAAGAUACUUCUCCCUACAAUGGAGUAUCAACAAUUCAGGCAGAAUUACCAAAGUUAACAUUACGAGAUGCACCUGAAGAAAAUUCAUUUUCAUCUGUAUCAAGUCCUGCACCAGGACCUUUAAGCUCACCCCUGGGACCAAUGAGUAGCGACAUAGGUGAUCUUCAUGAUGUUCCCAUAAAUGAUAACACAGAUGUACUCUCAACAAAUGCUAUGCAAAAUCAAUCAGUUGAUGUGGUAUCAACAGAUUCAUCCGACGUUUUUUUAAAAAUCACAGUAACUUCUCCUCAGAAAAUAGGAGAUGGUAUGGGUGCUUACGUUGCCUACAGGGUUGAGACAAAGACAAACAUGCCAAUAUUUAGAAAAAGAAACUUUAGUGUUAUUAGACGCUUCAGUGAUUUUCUUGGCCUUCACGAUAAAUUAACAGAUAAAUACCUUAGAAAUGGUAGAAUAAUUCCUCCUGCUCCAGAAAAGAGUGUUAUUGGAACGACUAAAAUAAAAAUGUCUGGUGAUAAGAGUCAGGAACAGAAUUCUAGUUCUACAGAAUUUAUCGAAAGACGUAGAGCAGCACUUGAAAGAUAUUUAAACAGAACUGGAGCUCAUCCUGUGCUUAGUGUUGAUCCUGAUUUUAGAGAAUUUUUAGAAGCAGAUAUGGAAUUACCUAAAGCUACUAAUACAUCUGCACUUAGUGGUAAAGGAGUGAUGAGACUUUUCAGCAAAGUUGGAGAAACUGUUAACAAAAUUACAUAUAAAAUGGAUGAAACUGAUAAAUGGUUUGAAGAAAAAACAUCACAAAUUGAUUCUCUUGAUGUUCAAUUACGUGCAUUACAUUCUGCCGUUGAUACUCUAACUAAUCAGAGAAGAGAAUUAGCUACAUGUACUGGCGCAACCGCAAGAUCUAUUGCUGUUCUUGGUCAUGGUGAACCAGGAGCGUCUCUUGGAAGGGCAUUAGCUCAGUUGGCUGAGACAUUGGAAAAGGUGGAAGUAAUUAGAAGAGCACAAAGCAACAGUGAUCUUUAUCAGUUUGCAGAAAUGUUAAGGGAUUAUGUUGCACUUAUUGGUGCAAUAAAAGAUGUAUUUCAUGAACGAGUAAAAGUUUUUCAAAAUUGGCAACAUGCUCAAAUAAUGUUAAAUAAAAAACGGGAACAGAAAGCAAGGCUGGAACAAUCUGGUAGAACUGAUAAAACAAGUCAAGCAGCUACUGAAGUUAUAGAAUGGGAAGCAAAGGUUGAUAGAGGACAAGAAGAAUUUGAUAACAUUUCAAAAAUGAUUAAAAAGGAAGUUGAACGGUUUGAACUAGUAAGAGUGGAGGAUUUCAAGAAACAGUUAACAGAAUAUCUGGAGUCCAUGUUACAGUAUCAAAAUCAACUUAUUAAAUACUGGGAGAGCUUUUUGCCUGAAGCACGAGCAGUUGCAUGAACAUUCCCGAAAUAAUAAUGAAAUUCUUUUUAAUAUAAAAAAAAAGGAAAAUUAUGAAAAAAGAUACUAAUGCAUUGUUUUGAAGUAAACUUCUGAAUGAUAAAUAAUACUUUACAAUGCGUAUAUAUAUUUAUCAACUUGCAGUACAAUAAUAUUCAUGGAUAAUAGCGAAUGGAAUAACUUUUAUGCAAACAGAAGUUUCGUAAAUAAUAAUUUGGAGUAUUGUUAAUGCUUUUAUAAAUUUGGAAGAAACAACUGGUAUGGCAUAUUCAUUCGAUUUUUUAAAUAUUCAUUUUAUGCCAAUUAUUUUUUAGUGUAUCAUGCGUUUAGAGUCUUCUUACUAUUAGUUUAUAUUAAAAGUAUAUAACGCAUAAUACAGUUUGUUAAGAAAUGUUACAUGAUAAUAAAAAUUAAAAUUGUAUAGAGAGCAUUAAAUAUCUAUUUGUUAAAACAAAAUAUAAUUAUAUAAUUAAUAUUAAAUUUAUGAUUUUUAUAUUGUUUUUCAGAAUAACAAGUAGAUACUUUAAUAAAGUUUAAUUAAAAUUAUUAUAAUAUUAUAUACUUUGAUAAAACUAUGGGAUAAAAAUAUAUUUUUCUAUAUGUUAAAGAGUUAACUAUAAACUAUAAUAAAACUGAAUCGUUAAAUAUAUUUUAUUUCUAUUUUAUUUAUUAAAUAUCAGUGAUAGAUAAUUGAUAUGUCUGCACAAAUUGGUAAACUUUUUAUUAAGUUGGCCAGCUUGUUUUUAGUAUUGGCAUAGUGUCAUAAAUACUUACUUACCCUUUCCUAUGUAUGUAUGUGUAAACUGCUACCAAUCAGGAAACAGGAGUUUUGAUAGGCGUGGCUUCGAACACGUACACUUGCUUGGACGUCCGGCAGCCAUAAUUCCUGAGAAGAAUUGUGUGUGAAUUCUUGUCGUGAUUCUUUAUAGCCAAACACAGUACGCUGUACAUUUUACACUCUUCAGUGGAAACGAUUUAUUGAAAAAAUUUUUG